AUGCCGACUACUAUCACCACAACGGCUUUCCCCUUGUGGUUCGCUGAUGACGAUGAUUACGAUAAUGAUCUCGGCCGUCAAGUAACCUCUUCCAUGCUCGAGGAUCCGUUCGUACCUAGGGUAGCCUAUAGAAAGCCCAUCACAGAACACCAGUUGCAUGCUAUCGACAUUGAUGGGGUGGGGAAGAGACCUCUGUGCAGUAGUAGUAAUCGUAUACCUCAUAAGGAGGAGGAAGAUUACCGACGCUUCCGUCCCGAUGGUCUCAAGCAGCUCAUCCCCUCUUGUGGCCUGCCGAUCCUUCCCACUCCUCCUGCUACUCCUAGUAGUGAUCAGGCUAGCUCGGCUGAGGUUAAUGAUGAUGAUGAGCGCACUGAGGAGGAGGAGAUUACGGAUGGUGAUUGGACACUCCUAGAGGACGUCACACCCCUUCAUCUUGCCAUCAAAGAUUAG